UCCCCCCAACCCGGGCCCGCGGCUCUACCCGCCGGGCGCAGCACCAUGACCGCCCGCCGCUCCGCCCCGCUCGCCGCCCUCCUCCUGGGCCUGCUGCUCCGCUUCGCCGCGGUCACAGAGGCGGAGGAGAAGGCGGGAGUGUGCCCUGAGCUGAAGGAGGAGCUCAACUGCACGCAGGAGUGCAGCUCGGAUGCCGAUUGCCCCGACACCAGCAAGUGCUGCCGCGCGGGCUGCGCCGCCGUCUGCCGGGUGCCGAACGAAAAGCCCGGCUCCUGCCCCAAGGUGGACUCACCCUUGACCCCACUCGGCCUCUGCCGGGACCAGUGCCAGGUGGACAGCGAGUGCCCGGACCAGAUGAAAUGCUGCCUCAAUGGCUGCGGGAAGGUGUCCUGUGUCUCACCCGUCUUCUGAGUUUCAGCCACCACAGCCUGAGGAAUGAGGGAGUGGGAGUUUCCACCUGGUUCCAUCUGGCUCCAGCCCAGCUGCCCUCCCUUCUUUCUGGCCUCUGCUUUCCCUCCCGUGCUGACCACAGCUUCUCUUUCCAACCAAUAAAGUGACCACUUCCAGCA